AUGGGAAAGCCGCAAAAGCUGCCCCUCAUUCGUGAGCUGCGCCUUUGGCGCCCCGCGGUGGAUCUGGAUCGAGGCCUUGAGAGGACAUGGCCCACACCUCGCCGGCGAGACACAUCAGAUCGGCUUCCAGCUGUGGAGCCAAGUUGGCAGGUUGCGAAGCAGCCGACUCCUCUGCCUAACUCGGCCAGGCACAAAAGCAUCGAUGCCUGGAAGCUGAGAGAGUCCAAAUGGUCCUGGCGAGCGAUCUGCGAGGGAGGGCCACAGGAGCCCAGCAAAGCAACAGCGGAGGAG